AUGGACGGUGACCCUAAAGCUUCGCCCCAGGUUGUGCCUUGGUCAUUGCCGACAUGGUGGGAAGAGUCACCUUCCUCAAGCAACAUCCUGAUAUCCCGCGCCCCUCUUCCAAGCACAAGGUGCAAAGAGUGUGAGGCGGCCAUUCACAGCAAACCAGAGCCGUCUUUUUCCCCAACGACUAUUUUGCAAGUUGCCAGAGCAUCUCCCGAUAUCUGCUGGCAAUGCCGCAUUCUUGUGGGUCUGGCUGAGAAAAAGCUGGGAAGACGCCUGGGCAUGGACGAAGAGCUUGAAACCUGGAGUACGGCGGAUGAUGGUCACAAAAUCAGAACCCUUCGCGUGCGGGAGGGCUCCAAGCUUAGCACUGGGCAUGAAAAUGAGCACCGACAUAUGAGUAUCUCUUCGCUUGAGACUCUUUCAUGUCCCUGGAACACAUUCAACGCCAAAACACACACCUCUUCAGUGGCUCAUGUUCUGGACUCCCCCUCCUACCAAGUAGCCUCCUACUGGCUCAAGAACUGCCUGGACAAUCACCCAGGCUGUCCUGGUAUGGAAGAAACCCUCCUCCCGCGCCGCCUCAUCCACAUCGGCGCCGACCAUACCGACAUUCGUCUCGCCCAGCACGACACACCAACUCUGGGCCGGUAUAACUGCCUAAGCCACUGCUGGGGAGGCGCGCAGCCGCUGACCACGACCACCCACAACAUUGCCCAACACCUGGAGCGAAUCGAUUGGGACAGAAUUCCCAAGACCUUCCAAGACGCCAUCAACUUCACUGCCCAUCUCGGCAUCUCGUACAUCUGGAUCGACUCUCUAUGCAUCAUCCAGGACUCUCCCCAAGACUGGGUACAGGAGUCCGCCAAGAUGUGCAGCAUCUACGAGAACGGACAUCUCACCAUCGCCGCCUCUGCUGCUUCCAAUGGCAGCGGUGGUCUACCAAUCCGCGACUCCUCCGGCUUCGUUCGUCUUACAGGCACCACUUCCUCUCCUGAAAGUAAACCCUUUGAUAUAUUAGGUUACUUCGAGCUAGGUUUAGGCGACCACCCUUUCCCGACGAACUUUCGUACUCCCUUGCUUUCUCGUGGUUGGGUCCAUCAAGAGAUGAUCUUGAGUCCAAGGGUGGUUCAUUUUGCCAAGAAAGAGCUGCUCUGGGAGUGCAAGACGGUAGGGACCUGUCAGUGUCCUCAGCCGCCCCCAUUUAGGAGCACUUUCUUCAAGCAGGCGCACUACCAAACGCUGAAAUCCCCAGGGCAGCCCGGCACUGAAUCAGCAGGCGGCAUGCUGGCUGGCCAAUGGCAAAAAAUCGUCGAGUCCUAUUCCCGCCUCCAAUUGUCGUUUCCAGGGGACAAGUUCCCUGCUUUAUCUGGGCUGGCUCAGCAGAUGAGCAAGAAGCGAGGGCCUGAUGUGCGGUACCUGGCCGGUCUAUGGAGUGAUUCCCUCCUUACAGACUUGCUAUGGACAGCAGCGUAUGUGUGGAUUUUGCACCGAAUCGAUCGUAUCUUGCAAGGCAAGGACGAGUGGCGAGCACCUAGCUGGUCCUGGGCUGUUCGUGACGUGCCUGUUAUCUUUGCUCGGACGGGGACGGAAACUAACGGAUCUACGUGUGCGGUUAAGGCCCUCUGCAACAUUAUUGACGCGGAGAUCACGCUCACCACUGCGGAUAAGACUGGUCGUGUAUCUGGUGGAAGGCUCGUUAUCAGAGGUAGUCUCUUUGAUGCCACUCUAGUCCGGGACAUCGAGCGGUCCAUCUCCAGGUCCGGCAAGAUAGAAACGAAUGUUACGAUCACUUUGACGACCAAAACUCCCAUGGAACCGACGGGCAUCAAAACUUUAAUCUCAUAUGCCUCCGAGGUUAGAACGAGCUUCGUCAUCCAGACUGACUCCGAACGUCAAUCUCUCAGAGGCUCGAAACCUGAUGAGAUGGGGAUCUUGAUCAAGGAGGGCUUCAAUCCCGACUCCAUCGCCGAACUGUUGUCCACAGAGAGGACUGACAGUAGGGAAUACAUGGGGAGUGAGGUCAAGGUCUUGAGGUUAGGAAGGGUAGGGAGGAGGCUGCCUGCACCCGACGAGAAGAAGUGGCUGGUGGAUACGGAGUAUGCGCUGGUUUUGCAGGGCGUUGACACUGAACCGGCGGAGGGUCAGGGUGCUAAGGGGGCAAGAACGUACAGGCGGAUUGGUAUCAUUCAUCAAGCCCGCGAGGCAUAUGGGGGACUUGAGCAUGCGAGGGAGGAUUUUUGGGAGCGUUAUCCAAGUUCCUUUGAGAAGGGCGGACGAGAGGAGACGAUAACUAUUGUCUAG